AUGCCAAAGCAGUUCGUGCUCUGUUUUGAUGGUACGGGAAAUAAGUUUGCCGGUGAUGAGUCCGACAGCAAUGUGCUCAAGAUUUUUCGCAUGCUCGACCGCAGCAAAAGCCACCAGUACCAUUACUACCAGCCUGGUAUUGGCACAUAUGUGACAUCCAAGUCGCUUUCCAGUCAUGGCCGCAUCCAGCGUAUCAAGUCUGCGUAUCAAAAGGCCAAGGACUCGGCGGUCGGGUCCUCCUUUGAUGAGCAUGUAAUGGGUGGGUACAAGUUCUUGAUGCGAUACUAUUCCCCAGGCGACGACAUCUUCUUCAUUGGCUUCAGUCGCGGCUCGUAUAUCGCGCGAUUCUUGGCCGAGAUGCUCGACUAUAUCGGUCUGCUUGAAGCCGGAAACGAAGAACUGGUCCGUUUCGCGUGGAAAACAUUCGCGAAAUGGCAGCAGCGGUCCGACGACACGGAAGAAGAGCGCGAAGAGAAGAAGAAACUCUUCGCGUAUAUGAAGGCCUUCCGUGAGACAUUCAGUCGUCCUAUCUCGCGUAUCCGUUUCAUGGGUCUGUUUGAUACUGUAAACAGUGUGCCGCGGUUCGAGUCCGCGUGGAUGCAGCGCACAAAGUUCCCCUACACAGCACGCAGUUCAGCCAAGGUGAUCCGCCAUGCUGUGGGUAUUGACGAGCGUCGCGCCAAGUUCCGUCAGGAUCUAAUCUCUGGCCCUCGGCCUCGUGGACAGAAACACCACCGUCAUCGCCACCAUCUACCCAAAAAUCCGCUUGAGGGCCACAUGGAGCGUCACCGUGAUGCCCAGCAUCAUCUGCACCUUUUCCACCAGGACCAUAAAGAAGAAAAGGACGGCAAGACUGAUGAACUCCCGGAGGCUGUCCCAUCCAUCCGUCUCAACGACAAUUCCGAAGAAGAGAAGCAAGACAAUAGGGCUGCCGAGCCUGAACCCCAAGUGCCCGGAUGGGGACCUAACGCGGGAGAGUCGUACUAUCACAGCGCGCAGCACUCGCACCAAAACUCCCAACAAACUUCUCGCGCAGGAAGUGAGACCGGCACCAUGCAGCCACACGCAUACCGCGCACCAUCCCCGCGACGCAGCCUCGCCGUGCCAAAGGCGUCAAUGGACGAUCUACACUCAGUGCGCAGCAAGGAAUCUUGCCAAAGUGGACACUCGAACGUGCUCUCCGUGCACAUCCCAGGAGACGAAUCCAGCGACGACGAAGACGACCAAGACAUCCAGGAGAUCUGGUUCCCAGGCUGCCACGCAGACAUCGGCGGAGGCUGGAAGCUGCACGACGGCGAGUUGUGGGCACUCAGCCAUGCGCCUCUAGUCUGGAUGACCCAGGAGGCGCACAAGGCCGGUCUCGAACUGGACGAGCGCAAGAUGAAGCAGUUCCAGUGUCUGGAGGAGUACCAGGGCAACUACACUCCAAUACGGGAGGAAAUCAAUGCACGCCGGCCCAGUCGAUGUGUCGAGGACCAUAACGAGGAUCCUAACAUGUUCCGUACUGCGCCUGAUGAGAAAGAGCGUACGGCUGCUAGCCGGGACUUCUGGCAUGCACUGCAUACCUCCAGCACUAAGGGUCUGAUGCAUGAUUGUCUCAUGUUUAACCAGGGCAUCCCUGCCAUGUCCGUUAUUACGUGGCGCAUCAUGGAGUGGUUGCCGUUCCGUCGUAUGGACUUGCAGGCUGAUGGAUCGUGGAAGCCUAUUAGCUGGCCACUACCUCGUGGUGAGGUGCGUGAUGUGCCUUCCAAUGCCGAAAUUCAUGUUUCUGCUAUCCGUCGUAUGCAGGCCAACGAGACGUAUCGUCCCGGUAAUGUGAUUAUUGGUGGCGGUGGUCGUGGUAUUCGUGUUGCGCCUGUCGAGUAUGGUAUGGGUGAGUGGGUGGUUUGCAGGAAUGAGGGCGAUCCUGUGCGUGAAACUUACAUCCGCAAGGAGGUUUCUAAGUGUAAGGAAGGUGAAGAGAAUAACGAGACAAACGGUCAGAAGACCAACCCUGUGUCCUAA